AUGGAGCCGGGCAGCAGCCCAAACUAUGUGGAUCAACUCAACAAAGGCCUCAAGGCUUUGUGUCACGGAUAUACUAGUGUGAGCGUCUUGGUCCUAUAUUGGCAAGAUGGAGACGAAGGCUACAAGAAGGAAGGACAAGCUGUCCGCCAAUUGUUCGAAGAGUUAUUCCACUACAGCGUGACUGAGUUCGCCAUCCCCACUGAAAAGAGCAUCUUCCACUUACGGGCGACCAUCAGUCAAAAAAUCAUGGACCUUGCCGAGCCCUCUCUUCUCAUCAUUCACUACGGGGGCCAUGGGGACAGAGACGACGACAAACACAGCAACCAAGAAUGUAGAUCGGUGUGGGCCGCGCAUCAGUCCGGAGGACCGACACUAGACUGGUGGAGAAUACAGGAUGAAAUCAAAAAUUGUGAGUCCGACAAGAUGCUCCUCUUGGAUUGCUGCUAUGCGGCUCAAGCGGCGCGAGACCGAGAUACAGCCAAUGGUAAAUUCGAGAUCCUGGCAGCAGCGGCCAUGGGUGUGAAAACGCCGGCACCUGGUGACAGUUCCUUCACCCAAAUUCUCAUCAAGGAAAUGGAAAGCACUGUUCGCCGUGAUGGUUUUAUUGUUGCCAAGGAUCUCCAUGGGCAGCUGUGUCACCGCAGCCGCAAGCUGUAUACAACCCCCGUUCAUAUCCGUCUUCAGCCUGGAAAGAAAUUAAUUCGCUUAAGCCCUCUAUCGGCAAAUACCGCCCUGGAUGAGGGAAACGAGGCAGUUAGCCCAUUUCUAAAGAUUAUUAUCAAGAUGAGGGAAGAGCUGAACUAUGAAAGUACAGUAGAGAUGGCUGAGUGGCUCAAAGAUGCCCCUCGCAACGUUUCCGGCCUCAAAGUGUUGGAAAAAACCGAAUUCAUCGAGAAAGCGGUGCACAAUGUUAACCAAGGUAGCAAAGAGUUCACGAAGCAGCUCAGGCCGGGAGCAAAGGAAGAAAUUGGGCAUGCUUGGUCCAAGAUUGUUGCCUUGGUCAACCAGCAUCAUGAGUCUUUUAUAGGGGGCAUAGAGGACGAGGACAAGGAGAAGAGACGCCGAGUUUUCGACCUUGUGAAACGACUGGAUGCUGAAAACAAUUACGUUGUGGACUUGGUGGAGAGGCACAUUCUUACCGCCCCAAACAUCGAUGAACCUGAUGUUCUACAAGGAGCCGUCCAGGACGAUACCAUGCAAAGUCUGGGGAUAUCCGAUCAGCUACACAUGCGUUGCAUAAUCUCUUCAGCUAGCCGACCUUGCGAACCGGAACCAUCCCGGUCCUCACGCGGCCAAAUCGGCGAGGACAUGCACUUCGAGAUCAAGCAUUAUGGCUCUUAUAUUGAUCCGCGAGAAAAGCCAGGCCUGGAGGAACGUGCCCGUCGUCUGUCUGAGCUGCUGAAAGCGCCCAAAGAUGCAGGGUUUCGUACGCUGCAUUGCACAGGAUAUGAAAACGAAGAGCUUACACACCAAUACCGCUUCAGUUUCAGUAUCCCCGAGAAAUUUCAUGGUUUUCAGAAAAUGAGUUUAAACGAUGUGAUUGUCUCAGCAAAGGGCAAACGGCGUCCAUCGCUCAACGACAGACUCAGAAUCGCCCACAUACUCGCCAGGGCUGUCCAGAAAUGGCACAUAGUCGGUUGGGUCCACCAAGGCAUCAGUAGUCACGACAUUAUCUUUUUUAGAGACAAGACGACUAAGAAAAUCGACUACUCGGAGCCAUUCCUCCACGGCUUCGAAUUUGCCCGACCAGACUCGGAUCCUUCCAUUGGUGUCGGCCGCGCGUUGGAUGAUAUAAAAUUCAACAUCUUUCGACACCCAGAAAGACAGGGCACUGCGCGCAAAGGUCACCAAAAGAAACAUGACCUCUAUUCUCUGGGAGUUGUGCUACUUGAAAUCGGCCUAUGGCAGGAUGCUCGCGACAUUGUCCGGUCGAAGCCUGGGGUUACUCUUACUGCCGCAGAUCUUCAGACCAUGCUUCAAAAAGACUGCCGGGACCGCCUGGCUCACUUUAUUGGUACUUCGUACCAGGCUGUUGUUGAUAUCUGUCUAUCUUCCGAUUUUGGGGUUGAUGUCGACGAUACACAUGGAUCAUACCUAGCGAAGGCGUUUCAGGCGAAGGUGGUGGAUGAACUUGCCAAGGGCGUGACAUUCUUAUAUUAA